AUGACAGAAGGGGUCGACAGGUUAUUCCAGAGUUUAGCGAUUCGAACUAAACAGGAACAGCGUUUAGUUCGAUUUUUUCAAAUGGAUCUGCUGUUGGAUUACAGAAUGAUGAAGUUUGAUUUGCAUAAACAAAUUAUAAACAGAGACAGAAUGAUAGUCAUGAUAUGGAUUGUCGUGGUUCUCGUGGCGCUGGGAUUGUACCUCCGCAAGGUCUACUCAAAGCUUGCCAACGAAGGAGUCAACCACCUUCCUUGCAUUCCGUUCUUCGGGAACUUUUUCUGGGCAUUAAUUAAAUUAGAGAACUUUACCGAUUUCUUGUCGAAGUUAAGUGCUACGUUUCCUGAUGACAAAGUCGUGGGAAUGUAUGAAACGUUGAAUCCUGUAUACAUUGUGAAUGAUGUAGACGUGAUAAAAAACAUCACCAUCAAAGACUUUGAUCACUUCGUUGAUCGAAGGGAUUUCGCCAGUGAGUUGGAUCCCACCUUCGGAAGAAGUUUAAUUAAUCUAAAAGGUGAGGAAUGGAAAGAAAUGCGUUCCACGCUAAGUCCAGCAUUUACCAGCUCCAAGAUUCGUCUGAUGGUGCCUUUUAUGGUCGAUGUUGGAGAAGAAAUGCUCAAGGUUCUUACUAAAAGAAUUAAAGAUUCUGAAAGCCAAUACAUUGACGUGAGUACCAAAGAUCUCACCACCCGGUACGCAAACGACGUAAUUGCCUCAUGCGCUUUUGGCCUAAAAGUGGACUCUCAGUCCGCUGACAGCCAUUUCUACAUCAAAGCCAAAGAAAUUGUCAAAUUCGACUUUACAAGGUUGAUGAAAAUGUUAUUCUUGAGAUGUCUUCCUUCAAUUGCUGAUAUGCUGAAGCUGACAUUGACUUCAUCUGAGACCUCUGAUUUCUUCUCAAACGUGGUACUCUCCACUAUAGAAGAACGUGAAAAGAGAAAUAUCAUCAGACACGAUAUGAUCAAUAUUCUCAAUGAGAUCAAAAAAGGGAAGUUGAGAUAUGAAAAAGACACAGAUGUUGACAGUGGCGCCGGUUUUGCUACAGUGGAAGAGUCACAUAUUGGCAAAAAGUUGGGCGUAAGAGAAUGGAAAGACAAUGAUUUAGUAGCUCAAGCAGUUCUAUUUCUCUUGGCUGGCUUCGACACAGUUUCAACGGCAAUGACAUUCAUUAUUCACGAACUGGCUGUAAAUCCUGAUGUACAAGAGAAGUUGGUACAAGAAAUAAAAGAAUUUGAUCAGAAGAAUGCUGGCCAGUUGGAUUUCAAGUCAAUACAGAGUAUGAAGUACAUGGAUAUGGUUGUGUCCGAGGGUAUCCGCCUGCAUCCACCUGCUCCAUUCCUGGACAGGAAAUGCGUAAAAGACUACAAUUUUGGCAGAGUGAACAAAACUGCAACCAAAGACUUAAUAAUCCGCAAGGGUGCUGCUAUUGGGUUUCCGAUUUACAUUUUCCACCGAAACCCGGAACUCUUCCCCAACCCUGAGAAGUUUGACCCUGAGCGCUUUUCCGAUGAGAACAAGCACAACAUAAAACCAUUUUCUUACAUGCCUUUUGGACUGGGACCAAGGAAUUGUAUCGGUUCUCGUUUUGCUCUCUGUGAAGUGAAGGUGAUGCUUUAUCAACUUCUUCUUAAAAUUAAAGUGAGCCCCUGCGAAAAAACUACAAUUCCACUUGAAUUAGAUAAAGGAUUCACUAUGACUAUUCAAAAUGGUGUUGAGGUUGGAACUUACAUAAUAGAAAGUAAAGCUGAGAACUAUCCAAUAGAAAUUGACUCAGUCUACUCUCAAACGUCUCAGGAUUAUAAUGAAGAGAUUAAAGAAGUGGUUUACAGUUUGCAUAAACAAAUUAUAAACAGAGACAGAAUGAUAGUCAUAAUAUGGGUUGUCGUGGUUCUCGUGGCGCUGGGGCUGUACCUCCGCAAGGUCUACUCAAAGCUUGCCAACGAAGGAGUCAACCACCUUCCUUGCAUUCCGUUAUUCGGAAACCUUUUCUGGGCAUUCAUUAAAUUAGAUAACAUCACCGAUUUCAUGUCGAAGUUAAGUGCUACGUUUCCUGAUGACAAAGUCGUGGGAAUGUAUGAAACGUUAAAUCCUGUUUACAUUGUGAAAGAUGUAGACAUGAUAAAAAAGGUUACCAUUAAAGACUUUGAUCACUUCGUUGAUCGAAGGAGUUUCGCCAGUGAGUUUGAUUCCACCUUUGGAAGAAGUUUAAUUAAUUUAAAAGGUGAGGAAUGGAAAGAAAUGCGUUCCACUUUAAGUCCAGCAUUUACCAGCUCCAAGAUUCGUCUGAUGGUGCCUUUUAUGGUCGAUGUUGGAGAAGAAAUGAUCAAGGUUCUUAGUAAAAGAAUUAAAGAUUCUGAAAGCCAAUAUAUUGACGUGAGUGCCAAAGAUCUCACCACCCGGUACGCAAACGACGUAAUUGCCUCAUGCGCUUUUGGCCUAAAAGUGGACUCUCAGUCCGCUGACAGCCAUUUCUACGUCAAAGCCAAGGAUAUUGUCAAAUUCGAUUUUACGAGGUUGAUGAAAAUUUUCUUCUUGAGAUGUCUUCCUUCUAUUGCUGAUAUGCUGAAGCUGUCAUUGACUUCAUCUGAGACCUCUGGUUUCUUCUCAAACGUGGUACUGUCCACUAUAGAAGAACGUGAGAAGAGAAAUAUCAUCCGACAUGAUAUGAUCAACAUUCUCAAUGAGAUAAAAAAAGGGAAAUUGAGCCAUGAGAAAGACACAGAUGUUGACAGUGGCGCCGGUUUUGCUACAGUGGAAGAAUCACAUAUUGGCAAAAAGUUGCGCGAAAGGGAAUGGUCAGACGACGAUUUAGUAGCUCAAGCAGUUCUAUUUCUCUUGGCUGGCUUUGACACAAUUUCAACGGCAAUGACAUUCAUUAUCCACGAACUGGCUGUAAAUCCCGAUGUACAAGAGAAGUUGGUAGAAGAAAUAAAAGAAUUUGAUCAGAAGAAUGGUGGUCAGUUGGAUUUCAAAUCAAUACAGAGUAUGAAGUAUAUGGAUAUGGUUGUGUCAGAGGGCAUGCGCAUGCAUCCUCCAGCUCCAUUCCUGGACAGGAUAUGCGUGAAAGACUACAACUUUGGCAGAGUUAACAAAACUGCAACCAAGGACUUAAUAGUGCGUAAAGGUGCUGCUAUUGGGUUUCCGAUUUACAUCUUCCAUCGAGACCCACAACUCUUCCCCAACCCCCAGAAGUUCGACCCGGAGCGCUUCUCCGAUGAGAACAAGCACAACAUAAAACCAUUCUCUUACAUGCCUUUUGGACUGGGACCAAGAAAUUGUAUCGGUUCUCGUUUUGCUCUCUGUGAAGUCAAGGUGAUGCUUUAUCAACUUCUUCGUAAAAUUAAAGUGAGCCCCUGCGAAAAAACUAGAAUUCCACUUGAAUUAGCAAAAGGAUUUCUCAUGAAUAUUCAAAACGGUGCCUGGGUUCGACUCGAACUUAGAGAAUGUGACUAA